CACUGGCCAAGUCAUUCGCGUCAAGGAAGCUGAACCUGCAGCAAGCCAUCCGAACGUUAAUGCGGGAGUGGAAUAGUGCCAGAUUGUGAGUGAGACAGUGCCAAAGUCUAGAGACCCUGAAGAGGAACGCCUCAAACAAAGUGAAACCCCUGUUAGCGAGAACACAAACAAAAGGUGCCAAUUGGACAAAAUGAAUGUCGAAGAGUUUCGCAAGUACGGCAAGGAAGUGAUCGACUACAUAUGCGAGUAUGGCACAAACAUCGAGGAGCGCGACGUUGCCCCCACCUUGGAUCCGGGUUACCUCAAGAAGCUGCUUCCAGCCGACGCCCCCCAGUCGCCCGAGUCGUUCAAGGACGUGCUCGAGGACUUCGAGCAGAAGAUCAUGCCCGGCGUGGUGCACUGGAACCACCCCAAGUUCUUCGCCUACUUCCCCUCGGGCAACUCGUUCCCCUCGGUGCUCGGGGACAUGCUGAGCAGCGCCAUCGGGUCCAUCGGUUUCAGCUGGGCCAGCUGCCCGGCCGCCGCCGAGCUGGAGACGAUUGUGAUGAACUGGUACGCCAAGGCCCUCGGCCUGCCCAAGGCCUUCGUCUCGGAUGCGCCGGGCAGCACGGGCGGGGGUGCCCUCCAGGGUUCCGCCUCCGAGUGCGUCCUGGUUUCCCUCAUCACCGCCCGCGCCCGAGCCAUCAGUGAGCUAAAGGGCCAGACCAGCGUGCACGACAGUGUCUUCCUGCCCAGCCUGAUUGCCUACGCCAGCCGGGAGGCGCACUCCUCCGUGGAGAAGGCCACCAAGAUGGCGCUGGUCAAGCUGCGCAUCAUCGAUGCCGACGAGAGGGGACGUAUGCGCGUGGACCUGCUCCGCCAGGCGAUCCAGAACGACGUCAACGCCGGCCUGACGCCCUUCUUCGUGGUGGCCACCGUCGGCACCACCGGCGGCUGUGCCUUCGACGACAUCACAGAGAUCGGUAAAGUUUGCCGCCAGGUGUCCAGCAUCUGGCUGCACGUGGACGGGGCCUACGCCGGAAACUCAUUCAUUCUGCCCGAGAUGCGGGUCUUCUCCGCCGGCCUUGAGUACGCCGACUCCUUCAACACAAACCCUAACAAGCUGCUGCUGACCAACUUUGACGCCUCCGCCCUGUGGGUGCGCGAUGUGAUGACCCUGAAGAGCGCCCUGAACGUGAAUCCCCUCUACCUCCGGCACGAACACCUGAACGGAGUGGACUACCGGCACUACGGCAUUCCGCUAAGCCGCCGCUUCCGAGCCCUCAAGCUCUGGUUCGUAUUCCGCACCUACGGAGUGAAGGGCCUGCAGGAGUACAUCCGCAACCACAUGGCUCUGGCCAAGAAAUUCGAGAUGCUGGUGCGCAAGGACGAGCGGUUCGAGGUGCGAAACGACGUCCACCUAGGACUCGUCUGCUUCCGAAUGCGAACCGGCGACGAGCCCAACCACAUGUUAUUGGCCCAGAUCAACCACUCUGGCAAGAUGCACAUGACGCCAGCCAAAUUCAACGGACGCUACGUCAUCCGCUUCUGUGUCACUUACGAGCACGCCACGGAAAAGGACAUCCUGGACGCGUGGAGUCAGAUAAAGAGCAUGGCAGAGGAAAUCCUGCGCGACCACCAGCUGGAGAUCAGCUCGGCCCCCACCACGCCCGAGGGAACGGAGCGAACCAGCUCGGAGCCCAUGGCUACAGUGGCCGGCAAACCGCCCAUCAAGAAGAAGCUGACCCGCACCAAGUCCCUGCGAUUCUCCUUCACGCGAAGCAUCUCCCGGGAGCAGUACCAGAGCCAGAGCGAACACCUUAUGGACGGGUGCACGCCCAUCCUGGUCGUGGACCCCAAGGCACUUCAAGAGAACUUCCAGCAGGCGGCGGCGGACAACGAGCGCAACAACAACAGCGGCAGUAGCAACAAAAACGGCAACGCCGGUCCCACCAAGCUCAAAGAUAUAUCCGACGUAGACACGGACGAGGCGAGCAAUUGAGCGCCCCAGAGGUCGAAAGACGCGCCCGCGUCCUUCACUAGCUAGUAUUAAUUGUGGAGCUGAAAUGAGGCCCGUACCAAAAGUCUACCGAUUAACGUUGCUCAACCUGAAUUUAAGCACUCCUAUUUAUAUAUUUAGGACAUAAGCUGUUGCCACAACUCAUCUGGUUUACCCAACCAUAAGCCUGACCACAACUGUAUUUACUUUAAGUUGACAGUCAUGACCACAAGCACUUAUUUAUAAUCAUUUACUUGGCAUUUACUUUGAACAUUAAAAAACAUAAUGAAACCUGAA